AUGCUUUCUCUCUUCGUUCCUAGCAUCGCCAUCAGUGUCAUAGGCGCUUUUCUUCUAGCCGUCGUCCGUCUGUUCAGGCCGAAAAAGCCCAAGUACAAGCCGCUGCCGGGCCCCAAAGGUCUACCAUGGGUCGGGCCUUUCCACAAGUUCCCUUCCAAGGAUGUGUACAAGAAGUUUGCUGAAUGGCACGAAGAAUAUGGUCCAAUCUACCAGUUCACUCUCUUCGGUGUCAAACACAUCCGUGUCAACAGCGAGAAGGUGUGCCAGGAUCUUCUCGCAAGGCGUGGAGCAUACUAUUCCAACCGCGCGCCCACACCCAACAUCCCAGGCGCCAAAACCGACGCGGAGUAUCUCCCUCUUUUGGACAACAAUGGUGAGUAUUACUUGAAUCAUUUUCGAAUGUCGCUGAUCGAUCACGCAGCGGCACUUACAAGACACCGUAAAUUCGCUCACCAAUGCCUGUCCGAGACCUACAAUUACGACAUGUUCGGCUUCACGCACCUCGAGAUCACGCGGAUGAUGGUUUCGCUGAUGAAGGACAACCGAAACUAUCCCGAUCUCGCUGAAGAGUUCACCCAUCGUGUGAGCGCGCGCCUCGCCUGGGAAGACCCCAAGCUAAGCCGUGGGUUGAACCGAAGCUCGGCUGGUCUACUUGCUGCCAUCUCUCCGGCAGGGAAGCUACCGAACAGGUUUCCAGUCGUGCAGAAGUUGCCUGACUUGAUCAACCCUUGGUAUUGGCAGGAAAAGGCGCGCCAUGAUGCUCAAAGGGAAUUCUGGGUCGGGGCCAUGCAAUCCGUCAAAGCCAAGAUGGACGCUGGUAUCCCCGGUCAUUCCUGGUCUCGCACGUUCUUCAAGGACAAGGAGCGCUUGAAGUUCCCCGAUGGCUCCCCAGACGAGAAGGAGGGUGCUUUCGCGAUAGGCAUGCUUGCUAUCACAGCAUCACUACCCAUGUCUUCGCCCAUCCAGACCUACUACCUCGCUAUGUGCCACUACCCCCAUUGGCAGAAGCGACUACAAGACGAGAUCGAUGAGGUUUGCGGCCCCGACCGUCUACCCACAUGGGCCGACGCACCGAAGCUUCCGGUACUGAGAGCGAUCGGCAAAGAGCUGAUCCGCUGGAGACCGCCAGUCCCUACGGGCGUUCCCCACGAAGCUGAGAGAGAUGAUGAAUACGAUGGCUACUUCAUCCCGAAGGGUGCGCUCAUCCAUGCUACCGAGUGGGCGCGUCGGAGUGACGAAUCUUUGUACCCCAACCCGGAAGAGUUCAAUCCAGAUCGCUAUCUGAACCCGAGAUAUCCCACUUACAAGGAGCCUCUGACGAAGUACCCCAACGUCAUCAACCACCACGUCUUUGGUUAUGGUCGUCGCAAUUGCUUGGGUAUGGAGAUUGUAGACUACCAGCUGGUCACAAUCAUGGGUUCUUUGGCCUGGGCAUUCAAUGUCACCAAGAAGAAGAACAAAAUUGGCAUUGAAGAUUGGACAGACUUGCUCAUUACUCGGCCGGAGGUGUUCGUCUUCGACAUCAAACCAAGAGAUGCGCAUAAAGAGAAGAAGCUUGUGGCCAUGUAUGAGGAGGCAUUGGUGGAACAUCCUGAUCUUGCUAUCUGA